GACUUGUAAAGCAAUAGCAAUAUUUGGAGAUGAAAACACUAUACCAAAGCCUGCACCAUUAAUAACUAUGACACCUCUCUACCAGGAACAAAAUGUCAACACAAGUAUUUAUAAAGCGGUCAAUAUCGCAAUUCUAUUAGACAUCUACACCUCUACCAAGCGGUAUAAUUUUGUUUAG